CCUGGAAGCUCAUUGGUGAUAAUCCUCAACUUGCUGCCUGCUGCCAGCAGGGCCUACAGAUAAGGAUGUGAUGUCUCACUUUGCAUCUCCCUCUGAACUUUGGCCGGACAAUUUGCAUUCCAAAGACAGGUUGCACUAACCAGAGCCCAAGGGUUCAGCUUGUCAACCCAAACAGCUGUAAAGGUGUGGCUCCACACACCAGGACCAUGUUUACAAACCUGAGAAUGGAUCUUCUUGAACCACCUUUAACAGAUGAAGGAGUUACGUUGCGUUCUGCAUUUGGUCGUCAGCAGAACUGGGUUUGAAGCAGGGUGAGGUCUGCUUUUGUACAAACAGGACUCCCUUCUGUGUGCUGCAGAGACAUGAACUUGCCACCAGAGCCCCAUCAAAGUGCUAGAUGGUGUUUACAUGAGGCAUCUUCGUUGACUCCUGGGCAUAAAGCGUCGAGGUGAAAUAGCCAGCAACACUGUAUUGGAGCACAAGAACCUCAACCACUCCUUUGCAUUAGAGAAGCACGGAGAGGUCCCAGAUGAGAUCGAGUCUCCAUUGUGCAGGGCGCUGCACAAACACAGUAAGAGACAGCCUCUGCCCCAAAGCGCUGAGCCUCUACAUUGACAAGGCAGGAUUUUUAUCCUUGUUUUACAGCUGGGAAACUGAGGCACAAAGGCCCAGCUCCUGACAAGUACGUAGGCUCCGAACAUCUGUGAAAUCACUGGGAGCUGGGAGCCUAAAUGCCUUUGGUGAUCCAGGCCAAAGAGGGAGCAGGGAGCCUGGCGGUCUCAGGGGCCGGGAACAACUCCGAGUGGAGCUCGGGUUGCACCUCUUCCUAAUCGAAAUCCGGCUGGAGGCCUUCCAGACUCUCCCUGAAAACAGGGCUCAGACCAACGACACUCUGGUUUCCGGAAGGCUCUCUGCUGCUGUUCACCCCGCCCAGCCGCCCGAAGGGACCUGCGGGGUCAGAACGGUGUGGCUUCUCAUCUGCUUCCGUGAGAGACAACCGGACGACCAUCCAGCUGACGAGUGUAAAGCAGCGAUGAGAAUUGGUCCCCGGCCAGCUACCGAGCACCGAGUGUGGAGGCCGGGCCUCUGGGUAUUCCCUGCCUUCCUGCUCCCAGCAGCACUGCUCCUCUUCCUCGGCCCCAGCGGCAACGCCUCCGCUUCUGCUCCGUUGUCGUUCCCAGAGGUGCGGUUGGUCAAUGGGCGCAACCGGUGCCAGGGGCGUGUGGAGAUCCUCUACAAUGGCUCCUGGGGGACGGUGUGUGAUGACGACUGGGACCUAGUGGACGCCAAUGUGGUGUGCCGCCAGUUGAGCUGUGGCCAUGCCCUCACCACACCAGCCACCCUGACCUUCGGCCACGGGCGGGGGCCCAUCUUCCUGGACAACGUGGACUGCCGAGGGAGGGAGGUGGCCCUGAGUGAGUGCGGGAGCCGUGGCUGGGGCAUCCACAACUGUUACCACUAUGAGGAUGUGGCCGUCACGUGUAACGAGCUCUCCCCGACCCGGGCAAGCAAAGGACCGACGAGCAGAACCGCCACAGCCUCCCUGCAGAGCGGGAAGAGCGAUGGCAGCAUUCGGCUGGUGAGCGGCGCCGACCCCUGCCGGGGCAGAGUGGAGAUAUUCUACCAAGGGACCUGGGGCACGGUGUGCGACGAUGACUGGGGCCUGAGCGACGCCAGCGUGGUGUGCAGGCAGGCGGGCUGCGGCCGCGCCGUGGCACACAAGAGCAACGCCUACUUCGGCUACGGCACGGGGCGCAUCCUGCUGGACAACGUGAACUGCGAGGGCAGCGAGCCCCGCCUCUCGGCCUGCUACAGCCUGGGCUGGGGGAUCCACAACUGCGGGCACCACGAGGACGCGGGGGUCAUCUGCACAGGGCUGCGGGUUUCAACGGUGGCACCAUCCACCACCUCGGCUGGCCGGGACUACGGAGAGUCAUUCACCGACACUGCCACAGUCACGGAUGCCAGAGAUCAGCCCUCGCCGCAGACUGAAGUGAUCACAGCGGCCCUUCUGGCCGCAGGCAAGCGCAGUGGCAGCAUCAGGCUGGUGAACGGGAACAACAGCUGCCAGGGCCGGGUGGAGGUUCUGUACCGCGGCACCUGGGGCACGGUGUGUGACGACGACUGGGGUUUCACCAACGCCCAGGUGGUCUGCCGGCAGAUGGGCUGCGGGGUGGCGGUUGCGGCCACCGCCCUGGGCUAUUUUGGUUACGGCACCGGGCCCGUCCUUCUGGACAACGUGGAUUGUGCCGGCCGGGAGGCUGACCUGGCGAAUUGCUUUCAUCUGGGCUGGGGGCAGCACAACUGUGGGCAUCAUGAGGACGCCGGCGUCAUCUGCAGAGGUGUGGACGAGUCCGGGGACCAUUUCAGAGAAGAAGUUUCUGCGACCACCACCUCAGCCACAACUCGUCCCAAGGACGGAUUCCUGCGCCUCGUGAACGGCAGCCACCGCUGCGAGGGCCGCGUGGAGAUGUUCUACCUGUCCCAGUGGGGGACCGUGUGCGACGACGCCUGGGACCUCCGGGACGUCACGGUGGUGUGCCGGCAGCUGGGCUGCGGGGGCGCCCGGGCAGCCUGGGGGGAGGCGCGCUACGGCCCGGGCACCGGCUACAUCUUCCUCGACAACCUCAAGUGCAAAGGCGACGAGCCCUCCCUGCUGCGCUGCUCCCACAUCCGCUGGAACGUGCACAACUGCGACCACUCGGAAGACGCCGGCGCCCUCUGCGGGCUGCUAUGACCGGCUCUGUGCCCACGGCCGCCCAGACCGACGCCGGCCCAAACCGUGGGGAAUUCCAGAUGCCAGCGGCACCUGGCACAGGGCGGGCGAGCCAGCUGGUGCACCUAUGGCACUGAUCUCGGUGGGAGAGGAACACCCGCGUGACCUGUACAUCGCUGUAUAUAGCACGUCUGUAACGGGCAUGGAAGCCCUAUUCUCGCUGCCAUGCCCAGCAGGCCCACCCCCACCCCAGGGGCACUGGCGAAUGCUACUUGGACAAGUGCCAGAGCCUCCUGCCUGGCCCGUUACCCACGAGGCAUAGAGCAGAGCUCCAGCCACUCAUGGGCAUCUCUGCAAACUCUCUGGCAGGGGAAGUUUUUGUCCCAAGAAAAACCCCAGAACGGAAGAAAAGCAAGAAGGAACAUCGCUGCCCCGCAGCGUCUCUCUAGGAGAAACGGCAGAGACACACAGACCCGAGAAGCAGAGCCCAUGGAGAAGGCAGAGAACGCUGGUGCCAAUCUAGCAUUGCUCGACUCUGUGGAGAGUCACUGGCCUCGGGAGCUGGAACGGGCUAUUCUGCAGGGUCGCCGGAGCUCAGAUACUAGCUGUGGCCAGCUCUCAUCCAGCCCACGGUGAUAGUAACCAAGGGUCACAUUUUCAUAUGUGCCCGUGUCCCAUUUUCCAAAGUGACGUAGAACCAGAUCCUCAGACGUAUUUAGGUGCCUAACUCCCAUUGGUUUCAAUGGAGUUAGGAGUCUAACUACCAUUGAGGAUCUGGGCCCUAGGGUAUUUAGGCACUUAAAGAUGUAGCUCUCAAUGGUAAUUAUGUGGGCAGGUGCUUUAGAAAAUCCCGCUAACGGCUUCUGCAUCUUAAAAUCUGGCCUGAAAUCCCAUGAAAAGCCAAUGGAGCUAAGUUCCUAAGUCAUUUUUGGAAAGGGACCGGGCCUUGUAAGUCCCAUAGGAGCCUCUGAAAAUCUUGUCCCGCAUCCUGUUGCAAUUGGAUCUACAGGAGAUGUUUGGCAGCAGGUCUCAGUCCGUGUCCCUGUGGCCAGGUGUUCCCAUCAGAAUGACCCACCACCCUGCCAUGGCCCUCAGAACUGAUCCACGGGCAAAGCUCCUGAUCUGCUCCUCGAAAGGGUGUUUGUGGAACUGCCCCUGGAUGAGCCAUUUGCAUUAGAAAUCUAGGCCCCGCUCCAGCAAUCAGAUCCAUUCGGGUUUGCCCCCGGAAGUCAACGGGGCUCCGUGUGCCCAGCACAGACCUGACUCCUGGGGACUGAUGCAUAAAAACGUGGAGCUGAACUGGUGCGUUUCUUGGACCCACUUGGAUGGUUCCACCUGGCAGCCAAGACGCCCGUGGUAGCCCCACUGGCUCUUGCGUAUUUCCCAAGGAAGCUCCGUUUGCAUUCUCGGAUCCUGGCGAAGAAGUCUGGAAACCUGCUGGGAUCCUCGAGGUUUGUCAUUAACCCAUUGUCAUUUCCCCUGCUGGGAGACUGGAGAAAUGCUAUUUUUUGGCGGAGGGAAAGGGAGGGGCUUGCUUAAUUACGACUGAGGCAAUCCCAGGCCUCUCUGUAUAAUUCCUUUGUUAAUAACGGAGCGUGCCUAUUCCGGUUUUUCCACUUUUCUUAUACA